GCUUCUUGGUAUGAAGACACAUUUAGAUGAACAGAUAUUUAAUUAUGGAAGAUUAGUACUGGUAGAUUUGAUUGAUCAGAAGGGGAAAGAGUUAACAUUGGGAACUGCCUUGGCAGAUAAUGUUAGAAAUGUUCACAAUGACAAUAUCAGGUUAGAAUCAUUUGAUUUCCACAAAGAAUGCAGUAAGAUGAGAUGGGAAAGACUGAACAUACUCAUGGACAGGAUAGAAGCAGACAGGAAAGAAAUGGGCUAUUUCAUGUCUCUGCGGGAGGGCACCAUGCUGAGUCAGCAGAUGGGCGUGUUUCGAACAAACUGCAUAGACUGUCUGGACAGGACCAAUGUGGUACAGAGUCUUAUAGCAAGGAGGACGCUGCAAGACCAGCUGAUUAGGUUAAAUAUUUUACAAGAGGGAGAAAAAGUGGAAGAUCAGCUCUCAUUUGAGAAGAUGUACAAAAAUGUUUGGGCUGACAAUGCAGAUUUAUGUGCCAAGCAGUAUGCAGGAACAGGUGCUUUGAAGACGGACUUCACCAGGACUGGUAAGAGAUCAUUUUUAGGUCUGUUGAAAGAUGGCUACAACUCAACAAUCCGAUACUUCAAGAACAACUUCAGUGAUGGCUUUAGACAGGAUGCCAUGGACUUGUUUCUUGGCAACUACAUUGUAGAGGAGGAUGAAGGGGUGGCUAAGCUGUGCCCGCUCAGACAGGAGAGAGACUGGAAAUAUUUAGCUCUUCCAGCCAUUUUUAUGGUUGCAUUCUCCAUGUGCGUGAUAAGUGUUCUGAUACCAGAUGAGCAUGCCACAGAAACUUUGAUGUAUAUUGUGUUCUGGGGAGGGGCCAGUCUUGUCUCUCUUGGACUCAUCUAUUACUAUGGGGAUGAGUUUGUAGACCAACCUAAGCUGGCUCAGACAAAGACCAAAGUUGAAUAAAGUGGGCAGGGACAACAGUGAAAAGGAAGACUGUGAUGUGAAGGUUAUAGUGCUGGGAGUAAUUUUCUUUGACAGACUGAUUUCGGUGGGAAAAAGAAACAGAACAUCUCUCUCACCUCAGAUCUAUUUAGUUCAUGCAAUCAUAUCCAUUUUGCCAUUGUGGGCAAUAAAGACAGAGUGUAGAUAGAGAUGAGAACUUGAAAUGACUUGCCUCAUGGAGAAUCCAUGUGGAACUUGCUUCUCUUAAGCUGGCUCAAGGGAGUUGAAUGGAAGUUCAUUUUGUCUUUUUUGUGUGUAAAGAUAAGAAUUACAGUUUAAAUAUAUGUGCUCAGAAUAACUACAUAUCUUGUCUUUUUUUUCAUGU